UCGUUCUGGAAGGUCAAGCCCUAGCUGAAGGAGAGGACGCCACCAAACAAACGCCUCCUUUCGUAGCCGGAUCCGUUCUCUCCUCUCUUGAUCUCUCUUUCCUCCUCAAGGAGCAACUUUCGAUAGUGGUACUUCUGGCUUAUUCAGUCCGUAAACCUUGCUCUAAGGAAUGUAGAUGUCAAUGGCUGUUGCUUUUGCAUUGUGUGCGAAUUUCUACUGUCUAUGUUAUUUUGCUGCUGUGGAUUGAGGGCCUUUGUCUAGAGAUUUUCUUGUUAACUCUGGGGGACUAGUCAGCUAAAGCUUGAGCUUCGAGGGAGGUGUUUCUUGUUUUUACAUAAGAUGUACUUCCUGUCAUCAUCAUAUGAAAAUGCAGAUAUUGAGCUUGUUUUUAUAUAUAAAUGGACUGCAAGAAAUUCAUCCAGUUGGUUGAGGAGAAAAAGAAGAGAGCUUUGGAGAAGAAAGAAGCCCCCUUGAAAUGGGAGCAAAAGUUAGAAGCUGCUGCGAAGGCAAAGGCUGAUGCUGAAGCGAAAGAGAGGAAGCAGAAGGUAGCCAAACAUAAGAGAUCUGGAUCAAAGUCUGACACUGACAGUGAUAGUGAUAGCAAUAAUGGGAGAAAGUCUCGAAAAAGAACCCAUAAGAAACACAGAAAGCAUGCCCACUCUGAUUCUGGUGACAAUGAGAAGAGGAGGGAAAAGAAAUCCAAGCGAAAGCCAAAAAGACGGUCCUCUGACUCCAGCGAGGAUAGCAGUGAUGGUUUUGAGAGUGAUUCUGAAGAAGAAAGGAGGAGGAAGAAGAGAAACAAUAGAAGACAUAGGCAUCACAAUGCAAGAUCUAAUUCCAGUGCUUCCGAUUCUUCAAAUGAUGAUGAUGUUGAUGAAGUGAUUAAAAGGAGAAGCCAUGCAAAGCAUCGCCGAUGCCAUAAACAAUCACAAUCCAGUGCUUCAGAUUUUUCAAGUGAUGAUGACAAUGGUACAAUGAAGAGGAGAAGACAUUCAAAGCAUCGCAAGCGUCACCACAGGUCAGAGUCAAGUGAUUCAGAUUUAUGGAGUGAUGAGGACAGAACAAGCCAUGCGAAGCAUCAUAAGCGUCAUAGGCGAUCCCGUAGCAUGGACUCCGAUGAUCACAGGGAUGACAACAGGUGUGACCGAAGGAGCCACUCUCUAGGAAGGUCAUCAGAUGACGAUAACGAAGAAAUUAGAAAAUUAAGUCAUAGGAGAUCUGGAAGUCAUCAUCACAAUCAUAACAAGCACCGGGGCCAUCAUUCCAGUGGCGGGAAAAUUGGUGCAUCCUCAGAUGAGGAGGGAAAUCUUCCACCUCAUGGUCUACAUGAAGGCUAUGGAAAUCAUACUCAGAAGGCUGACAAAAUGGUGAAUGAGAAAACUUACACUAAUGUGGUUGGACUGAAGUAAUAGGGUUUUAUCAGUCUAAAGCUUCGUGAGUGGCACAAAACUCUAAACAUGGAUGCAAAUUUGAAAGUGAAUGUGAUUGCACUAAACUACAUGGGAGGCUUGGACUUGCCUUAUAGCUUGUUAGACUGAUUUCGGAUUUCAAUCUAAGUUUGCUUGAAUUAUUUUUUUAGCUAAGAUCUGAAUACCGUUGCCUAUUAAUCUUGAUAUUUAUCUAUCUCAUGUAAGAGAAAAUAUCAGUAAUUUUUAUUUUUUCUUUGCUUUUUCCA